AUGGGUUCAUCAACUUCAUUACCACAUCCCCCUCAAAACGAUUCAAUGACCGUCUUACAACUAUCACUCCCCCGAUAUCUCCAAGACAGACAAUGUGGAUAUUGUCACCUCUCCAAACCCGAUUAUUUCUCUCUCGAGAGUCGCAAGCAACAUGCAGAAGACUAUCCCCCACCCCAAUCGAUCAUUAUUGGUACUCAUGUGUUUCUGAUGUCAUGCCGGGAUUAUGACGAGUUUAUAAAUCAGGGAUAUAGACGAUCGGGGAGUUUUAUGUAUAAACCGGAUCAAUUACGGACGUGUUGUCGACAAUUUACGAUUAGGACUAAUGUUGAAUAUUUGGGGAAAUUGAAUAAGGAACAACGAAAAGUGAUUAAUCGAUUCAUAAAAGAGAUUUGUCCUAAUGGAAUGGAGCCGCCGAAGAAACAUGCUGAGUUUGAUUAUACGAGGUUGAUAAAAGCCCAGCAGGGUUCAAAGAGGUUUAGAACACGGUUUGAGCCGAGUAAGUUUUCGAAAGAGAAGUAUGAGUUGUAUAAGAAGUAUCAAAUGAAAGUCCAUGGUGAUAAGGAGUCAGAAGUCCAUGAGAGUAGUUUUAAGAGGUUUUUAUGUGAUACUCCAUUCAGCGACGAAGAAAUCAAUGGGAAUGAGUCCCAAUGGGAAUUGCUUCAAAAUUGGGUUAAGAAUUGGAACCCUGAUCAUCAUCAAACAGUAUCUGGAGAGAAUAAACGAAUUGGGCCAACUCAUGAAUUAUAUUAUCUUGAUGAUAAACUAAUCGCAUUCUCGGUACUUGAUUUUUUACCAACUAUAUUAUCAUCGAUUUAUUUCGUUUGGGAUCCUGAUUAUGCUCAUUUAUCAUUAGGUACCUUAUCUGCGUUAAAAGAGAUUCAAAUGUGUCAUGAAUUAGGAUUGGGGUAUUAUUAUCUUGGAUAUUAUAUUGAGGAUUGUCCUAAGAUGGUGUAUAAAGGGAAAUUCGGUGGGGAGAUAUUAGAUAUUGUUAAUGAGACAUAUUUCCCCAUGGAGAUUAUAAAACCGUACAUAUCAGGAGAUAGGUUAUUUGUGAUGGGGGAAGAAGAUAAAUUGGAUGAAUAUAGUCAGGAAUUAGAAAUUGAAAAUGAUGGAUAUCCAAUAGAUGUAACUAAAAGUCGAUUUAAAGACAAGAAAUUAACAAAUGUGGCGGAGAAUAUUUAUGGAAAUCCUGAAGUUGAAAAACGGGCAGAGGAAGCUGCAAAGACAUUAUUAGUUAAGUACGGGAUAUAUUAUGAUUUUGAUGACGUCGGAGGGGAAGAAAUACCAAUGGUUGUUCCUGGUAUUACUCCAUUAUGGCAAAUUGUUGAAUGGUUUGAAACUGGAGUUUUAGACGAGGACUUUCCUAUACGGUUUUAUUAUAGAUAUAAUAAAAAGAGAAUGAGUUUAUGCUUAGGAGAUUUAACUGAUCAAGGGAAAGCGCUUGUUAUUAAUUGUAUAAGGAUGUUUGGAAUAGAGAAAGUUGAAAGAUGUGAAAUUGCAUUGUAG